AUGGCAACCUGCAAAAACCUAGUUAGCUUAUCAAAUCUUGCCACCCCUUUCUCUUCCCUCCCUCCUUCAUUCUCUUCUCCCCGCGGUUUCUUCACCUCCAUCAAGCUGGGCCUGCAUAGAAGGGCUUCCUCGAUGCGUUGCUACGGUUGCAAUUCUGCCGGAGCAAUUGCUCUGGACAUGUCGGAUUCAGUCUUGGAUGUGCCGGAAGAUUCUUUUCGAGACACCGUGGAAGAGUUUCUGACCGGAAGCAGCCACCACCACGACGACAACGUUGCCAGGUUCAUGAAAAUGGAGCGGAAACCGAUAACAAUCGAAUCCGUUCCUAGUGGAGACCGUUGGUUCCCGUACUUGGACAAGUUUAAGGCAUCCAAUGGUGAGUAUUUGAGCAGUGGGGAAGUGUUGGAGGCGUUAGAACCUUAUAUUAUGGUUGCCCGGAAAGAGAGGUUCCGGAAAGCGGUGAAGAAACGAAGCUAUUCCGUGAGCUUGGUGGUUGAGGGGCUCGCCGAUUUUGGGAAUGUUUCUGCAGCGUUUAGGUCCGCCGACGCCUUGGGAUUUCAGUCUGUCCACGUCGUGUCAUGUGACAGCUCAAAAAGGUAUAGAGACAAUCGUCAUGUUAGCAUGGGGGCUGAGAAAUGGUUGGAUAUUGAAGUCUGGAACUCCACGAAGGAUUGCUUCAAAGUUUUGAAAUCACGUGGUUUCAGGAUAGCUACUACGCAUUUGGGAAUUGAUGCGGUCUCCAUUUAUGAUAUGGACUGGUCAUACCCAACAGCAAUAGUUGUUGGAAAUGAGCACAGUGGAAUAAGCCAGGAGGCUCUUGAAUUGUCAGACUUGCAUUGCAGUAUUCCAAUGAAUGGCAUGGUGGACUCUUUCAAUGUUUCGGUUGCUGCUGGUAUUCUGAUGCACCAAGCUGUUUGUGAUAGGACUUCCCGCCUGGGCUGUCAUGGGGAUCUGACAUUUGAAGAACGCCAGAUCUUGCUUGCGGAGUUCUUUUUGCGCCAUAACCUGAUCUCAACUCAAAUUGCAGAUGAAUAUGCUAGACGGAAGCUGGACCAACCAGUGUCAAAGCUCUGA